AUGAUCCGACAAGGUAAACACCAUCGUCUGAUUAUGAUGUGGAUAAAAUUACCAAUAGAAAAUGGUUCUGGUUGUGAUACAACAAAUCUAAAUGAAGCAACAACUGAACAAAAACCUGUCUCUGAAGAUUCGCAACUAUUUGGUUGUAUGGAUUCGGGAGCGUUUUUGGAUGUGAUUCCUAAUGUUUUAACGUUUUUGGAUGUUAAGGGUUUAGUUCAGCUGGCACAGACAUGUCGAUUUUGGCGACAUCGCGUCUAUAGCGAUUUAAGAUUGUGGACAGUUGUCGAAUUGCCUUACGUUGGAAGAAUGGAAAGUGGUGACUAUCUCAGAUAUCAUCCGACCGAAGUCAUAGAAGCUGGUUUAUGGUCGAUGGUAUUGCCCCCAGAAGACCCAAAUGCUUUAGAAACAGUCCUUUCGCAGAUGUCGUCGUCUGACGAAAGCAUUGGACGCUUUCAACAAACCCAAAAGGUAGACGAAGAGGUCACUGUUAGUGAGUUUUAG